GGCUUGGAUGUCCUCUCGACCGCGUCAAACACGUCUUCCGGCCCCCAAGAAAGGGCCCACUAGCACCAAACCUCGACACGAUGAGCGGAUAAGGACAAAAUCUUCGACCCCGGUGCCUUCGUCUCAACUUUUUGAAACGCUCACUCGCCUGGAGACGACUACGGAUAAUGUUUUGGGCGACCUUGAAUCCCUUUUGAAGAGUGCAACCUCCGAACAGGCCAAUAAAUUUGCGAUGAAAGCAUUUAACGCUGUUGCAGGCGCUAUAGCGGCAGCACUCAAGGCUGGUCUGACUGCAGAUGGGGAUUCUAACCCUCUUGACCAAGGAAAAUUACGCACUUCCAUCGAUGUAUCUAUGAUGUCGUUGGGUAUUCUACGACAAUCUUACUCGCUCUCAACGGAGAGGGCGGCGCUCAGCCUCGCAAGUCGUUUGAUUUCACUGAAUUUGGAGCCCGUUUGUUUAAAACUGGACGGCAGAGUUUCAUCUCUCGACGCUGACUCUUUAAAUACUUGUUUAACAUACCUUUCCUGCGCCUUUCAAGUAUUUCUACAACCUUUAGAUGGCCUGGUUCGCUUCAAGGAGGAUAUGGACCUACUAUCGGACUUCAUCCAAUCCAAUGAGGCUGGAACCUUUCUUUCGUGGACUAGGGACUUGAGGGUAAUUGACGUGGAGAAGUUACUCCCAAUGGCAUCUGCAAUCAUGAAAUCCGUAGAAACGUCAUUUGGGUUACUUUCACCUAUCAAUGCAAUGAUCUUGAGGUUUUACGCCUUACAAUGCACUGCCGAUGUCUCUUCUCCCGAUAAGCUCUCCUGGGUGUGGAAACACGCCCUGAAUAUCUCCGCCUCCUACAUCAAAGCGAUUACCCUACGUAAAAAAGAAGAGUUCAAUCCACUCGAUGAGAGUCUCAAGGUUUUGAUCAGGGUGUUACAAUCCCGGGAACAACAUAGUGCCACUCUUUUCAACGAGGAGUCAUUCUCCUUGUUAUGCCGAGAAUGGUGUAAGUUGGCCUUGAGGGUGAAAGAAUCUAAUUCUGUCCAAUUUAUCCAAUCAUUACUCGCGCCUAAUACGCAAGAAAGCAAGACAAUUGCCGAAAUUGAUGUCCUGGAGUCCAUCUCACAGAAAACCCGAGAGUUGGAAAUAUCUUUGCAAGCAAAAGAUCGUAGUGAAAUCACCCACUGCUUGGAGCAAUUGCAAUUAGAGCGUACGAAUGACGACUCUAUCAAACAAACAAACAUGUUUCAAACAAUGGAGCGAUUACGACGGCGCAUGAAAAACAGCCUAAGUAUCCAGAAGGAACCCGAAUUUGUUAAUGGGAUGCACAAGCCCCUUAUCCUUAUCUCUGAUGUAUAUGAUGCAAUACUCCGCCUUGGAAAACUAAAUAAUGACUACCGUAUGGACGUCAUCACCGCGACUGUAGAGAAUCGAAUCCUGAUAUCAAAACUUCAAAUAAACCUGACCCUUGCGGACACUUAUGAACCUGCAUAUCAAUCACUUCUCAAGGCCCAUGAGCUCAUGCUCUUGAAUGACGUGGUCAAUGAUCAUCAGAUUGGUGAUCGGGUCAUAGAUCUCUGGAGGUGCCUUUCGGGAGCCUUUUGGAACAUAGGCUCCUCCAUCUAUCAAACUGGUCGUUGGGAUCAUUCUGUUCCAUUCAUUUCUAGUAGUGUCGACAUUGAUCGCAGAUUGUUAGGCGAUGAAAGGAGAUUAACCCAAAGCAGAAAUGACCCUUGGCAGGAUUCGAAAUUCUCUCCAAUCAAAGUUGUAAUAGAAAAGACAACACACCUCGGUGUUUUUGAACUUCUCUUGGGAGAUGAAGUUAUCCUUCGAUCUCUGGUGGAAUCACUUCACUUUCCUCCAGCUGUUAUUGGUGCGAUCUUGGAAUGUCAAAUCGACUAUCUCGAGCAAUAUAUAUGGAAGGAUGAUGUACCAAAACUGAUCAAGGGCUUGCUGUGGAUUUGUAGUGGGAAAUAUUCGGACAAUCACCCGAUGAGGCAUGCGCGUUUAUUGGGACGGCAAUUAGAAUACAUCUACUAUAUGAAGCAACCUUGGAAGGAUGCAGAGGAUGCAGGCACAAAGGCCAUCACUCUAUUAUCUCAUCAGAAAUUGAAUUCGGAUGCAAACAUUAGGACUUACGAGCAACAAUAUCUGCUUCAA